CUUGUGCGCUCACUCGCGCGCACACACACAUGCACGCACAGACACACACGCUCGCCCCCUGCAACCUUCCCAAUUUCAUCAGCACAGUUAGGAAUGUGGAUGCACAGCUGGUCCCGUCGGUGAGCGGAUUGGGAAGUCCGUUUCAUUCGCAACAGAGCCUUCACACCGUGGCAGGGAUUUCGCGGCUGCCUCCUGGAGACAACUUCUAUUCUGGCGGCGUCCGCCGUGGGACUAAAGUCACUGCAUUCCCUUCGCAUUCUUUCCACAAGCGAGCCUCCUUCUCGGAACGUGGACUUGGUCCCAACGUAGGCUGCCGUACGGAAAACUUUUUGCCGCUGACCAAUUAAGGGGAUUACAAUGCAAAGCACUACACUGGGAUUACAAGAACAGAGCGAAUGAUCACGGGAGAGUAAUCAGCAUGGAGGAGGCAAUCACUGUCUUCCCUUAACUGUGUGAUUCGCAAUUUAUUUCAAAGAUUCAAGAUCAGAUACCCCAGUCAGAGUUCCCCGAAAAGCGAGCAGCACCGCAAAAAAGCACCUCAGCUGCACAAGCAACCCACCAUCCCCCUCUGAGCUCCUCCUUUUACUCCCGCAAACACACACCAAGCCCACCAAACACACAGGCAAACACACAAACUUAUCCUCACAAGCAGUGGAUUAAGAAUCAACACCCUUGCCCACCCGAGCUCAAGGAGACAACUCUUCCUCAAAACUUCUCUCGAGGACAUUGGAUUACAACGGCUGACCGCCAUCCCUCCACUUCACCUACAGCCCUUGACCACACACCCAAACUCUUCAUUGAACAUUUGGAUUAAUCCUCAUCACCACAACUGACCCCACUCUGACCCAUCACCACCACACCAAGCAACCUGCCCUACCCAACAUGGCGUCCAGUCUAACAUGCGUGGGCCUGCUGUGGGCCUUCCUGUCGCUGCUGAGCGCAGCUGCCUCCUGCGUGGGCUUCUUCAUGCCCUACUGGCUGCUGGGCCAGCAGAUGGACAAGCCGGUGUCGUUCGGCACCUUCCGGCGCUGCUCGUACCCGGUGCGGGACGAGGAGCGGCAGGCCACGGUGAUGGUGGAGCAGUGCGGCCGCUACGCCUCCUUCCAGGGCAUCCCCAGCCUGGAGUGGCGCAUCUGCACGGUGGUGACGGGCGUGGGCUGCGGCCUGCUGCUCCUGGUGGGCCUCACGGCGCUCAUGGGCUGCUGCAUCUCCGAGCUCAUCUCCCGCACCAUCGGGCGCGUGGCCGGCGGCAUCCAGUUUGUAGGAGGUCUUCUAAUUGGUUCUGGCUGUGCCCUCUACCCACUGGGCUGGGACAGCGAGGAGGUGCAGCAGACCUGUGACAACAAAUCGGACCAGUUUCAGCUCGGUUCCUGUCAGAUCGGCUGGGCGUACUACUGCACGGGAGCGGGCGCCGCCUCGGCCAUGCUGCUGUGCACCUGGCUGGCCUGCUUCGCGGGCAAGAAGCAGAAGCAGUACCCCUACUAGCAGCCAAGGAGCUGGAGGGAGCGCGUGGAGGCCAUGGAGAUGCAGACCGAGAUGGAGAUGUGUGUCGUGUUGUGCGAGGGAGAGAGCGAGAGCGAGAGAGGGACGGAGAGAGAGAAUGACGGAGAGACAGCGAGAGAGAGUGAGAGUGAGACGGAGAGAGAAGGGGAGAGAGGGAGAGAUGGGGAAAUGUUGUGAAGUAACAAAGCACAGCCACAGGCGCUGAGGCAAAACAGGAAAGCAGGUGUGUGCGUGUGCGUGUGUGUAUGUGUGCGUGUGUGUGUGUGUGUGUGUGUGUGUGUGUGUG